GUGAAAUAGACGGUUUCGAUGCCGUUUCGGAUGAAGUAGUUGCACCGCUGCCUGUUGCCACCGAACUUGUGUCAGAAGUAGUAGCGAGUACUCCAUGUCCCGCGGAAAUCCUCCUCGUCUACGCGGAUGGCGCCUACUGAUGUGCGACAGUGUAAGUUGUCAGAACGACAACUUCACGUCAUGUCCCGAUGGAAUUGAUUGUGUCAAUACCUUUGACGCGGAGGGUGUGGUAGUAGAGUCGGUGGCCGUCGAUGCGGCUAGCGAGGCCGAUGAAGUUGUGCCGGCUACGGAAUCUAUUCCAAGUGCACAGGAAACUGAUACCGCGCGUGAAAUAGUGGACACCUCUAGCGAUGCCAUUAUCCCCGACACCAUUUCGGAUGUAGACUAG